AGUAAAAACAUGAGGAAAACACACGUCUGCUUUUUUUUUCUGCUGUCUCUUAAGCAUGUUUGAAUUCUUCUUCGUUCUCUGUGUCUGUCAUUCACACCCGGGCCAAAACUGUGUCUGUUUUUGAACAGAGACUCCGUCUACAUGGGAAAUGGGAAGGUGCAGCUGGAGUUAUGCCAAGAAGCAAGAGUAGCAUUCUGCUUCCGUGCUCCAGUCAGAAGAGCGCAGAAGGGCAUGGUUUCAGUCAGCCACUAAACAGAGAGGACACACACACAGACACAAACACACAUGUUGGCUCUAUCUCCGUGGACCUGAGCUUUAAACCACAGGGAAACAAUUCUGUGUAUGUCUGCUGGAGAGACCACAGUAAAAGGACAAAGAAGAAGAUGUAUCUGAAAGACUGGAACUAUUAGAAGUUCUAUAAAUGCAUGUAAAAGCAGAAUGCUGGAGAACUGCAAGAUCUUCUUUGAGUGUGACCAUCUCAGUCGAGUGAGCCUGAGAUCAUCUUCCCUCACUAAUGGCAAGAAUGAAGAGGGACCGGUUCCUGUUGGUUAUCUCCUUGAUUGUCAUUCUGACAGUCGAUGUCUACUUUGUUCUGCUCCCCAGGCUGAGAGCUUGGUACGAUUUGUCCAGCGGUGGUUGUAGCUGCCAUGGGGUUAAUGACAGUGUUGGCUAUACUGAACAGGUUCUUCACAAAAAGACCCCGAGUUCCAAUUUUGCCUUUCAAAUAGGAUCCAAGCUGAAAAGGCUUUUUGGCCAUCCACUGUACAAUAUUCAUUUGCCAGAGCUAAGUCCAGACGAGAGAUUGCUGGAAGAAGAGGAGCUCAUGGAAUAUUACAGGAGGAAAGUCACCCGCUAUCAAAGACAGCAGAAGUUCUACAUCGAAGCAGCAGAAGCAUCAAACAUCUCAUUGCCUGAGCAACCUGCAAACUUUAACCCUGAUGCUAGCUGGCUGAAAUUCCACUUGGGGAUCAAUCGUUACGCACUUUACUCCAGAGAUGAUCAGAGCAUCGAUCAGCUCCAGCGAGAUAUGCAGACUGCCACGAUCAUUGGAGCAGAUUACACUCAAGAUGAAAAGGCCUUAAAAGGAGCAUGUGACUGUUCACAAGUGGUUAAGCCAAGUGGCCAUCACCUGAAACUUGCCCUGAAGCUGCAAGACUUUGGGAAAGCCAUGUUCAAACCUAUGAGACAGGAACGACACGAGGAGACGCCGGAAGACUUCUUUUAUUUUGUUGACUUCCAGAGACACAAUGCGGAAAUUGCUUCUUUCCACCUGGACAGAGUCCUUGAUUUCCGGAGAGUUCCACCUGUAGUUGGGAGACUCAUUAAUAUCACAGGUGAGGUAUUGUACACCACAUACAACGAGGAGCUCCGUAGUGUAUUCUUCACCUCGCCAGCAAACAACACAUGUUUCUUUGCCAAGUGUCUGUAUGUGUGUAAGACGGAAUAUGCGGUGUGUGGACAUCCAGACCUUCUGGAAGGUUCCAUGUCGGCCUACCUGCCUGGACUGAGUGUAGCACCCCGCAUAUCCAUCCCCAGCCCCUGGAUACGCUCUUACACCUUUACUGGAAAAGAGGAAUGGGAAGUCAAUCCAUCAUACUGUGACACCAUCAAAAAACUUUACCCCUACAGCUCAGGAAACAGACUACUUAAUAUCAUUGACAUGGCCAUAUUUGACUUCCUGACAGGAAACAUGGACCGGCACCACUAUGAAAUUUUUACCAGGUUUGGUGACGAAGGAUUUCUGCUUCACCUUGACAAUGCGCGAGGGUUUGGAAGACAUUCCUACGAUGAGAUGUCAAUUCUGGCACCACUGACCCAGUGCUGCAUAAUUAAACGCUCUACUUUGCUGAGGCUUCAGCUAUUGAUGCAACCAGAGUAUCGUCUCAGUGACGUGAUGAGAGAGUCUCUGGACCGAGAUCCACUUCGACCCGUUCUGACUGAGCUCCACCUGCAGGCUCUUGAUCGGAGACUGGAGCGUGUGGUCAGGUCUGUGAGUAGAUGUGUGAAGAAGCUCGGAAAAGCCAAGGUGGUGGUCACAGACUUCAUAGAGACCUCCGGUGCAGCUACAGAAAGAAACUACAAAAAAAGCCGAUGAUGGAUCUUGAAGAGAGGAAAAAAAUUGGAUGAAAAAAGUUAAGGAAGUAAUCAGAAUUUGAAUACUCUAUAUUUGGAGCAGGUGACAGACGUGUGAAAAAGACCAGAUGAGGAAAGAUAGAAAAACACUGGAACACUGACUAAUGGAUGUAGCUCAUGAUUCUGAGCAAGAGCUUUUAUAUUUGGUUUAAUAACAUGGAGAAAAAUCCUGCAUGUGAACAAGCACAAUUAAUCAUCACACACCAGAUUGUGCUCGAUGGGGGGAAGAUGUUUUCAGAAUCGUAAAACUGACGGACGACAUCAUGUUCCUGAGAAGCGGCCGUGGGAUUCGCGGUGUACUUUUAAGGCACAUCAUUGUUUGUUUGGACUUUUCAAACAUUCCAUCCAACUUUUUAAAGAAAUACUUAUUAGGGAGAGAGAAAAACGGGACAGAGAGCAGUGAAGAGGUUGAUUUCUUCGGAGAAAACUGUACGCCAUUAAAAUGUCGAAAACAUUGGAUUUGUGGCUUUCGGUCCAGACAGCGAGCGAGCAUAUAAUCCUUGGCUGUCUGUACGCUUCACGGUUUGUAGGCUUUCAAGUGGAAUCUCAAAACCCGCCAGAAUAAAAUCAUCUGAACUAUUUACAGGCAAACGCUGCUGAGCCAAAACUUUGUUCCAACUUGUGGUAUGCAGUUUAUUACAACACAAAUGUCAAAGGUAGAAGUUAAAAAAAAUUAUUUUUGGAUGGAGCUGCAACGUGUUUGUCCUCAGAGCUAGUCUGCAUGUUCUGAGUGACAACUAAAAAAAACAAAAUCUGGAAACUAUGAAGUUAAUGAAGUCCCAUGCGUUUGACCUGUUUGUACUGAAAAACAAAACAAAUCAAUGUGAUCUGUAUUUCAUUUCAUUUCCUCAAGAAAAUUUAGAAUACUUAUCAUAAAAUAUAGGGAAAAAACA